ACAACGUGAAUAAUAUGUCCUUGGAUAGACUUUGAAGUCUAGUAUCUCAAUUGAGUGGUCUUUUUUCGAGGAGAGAAGGCUUAUCUUACAAAAAUCGAGCUGGAGUGAGUGGUGGUCUGUGAACUCGAGCUGUGAGAGUGCUGAGACUGUUUGGUUGAUAUCUCGAGUUUUACCAAUCCAAUUAAGGAGUGUGAGAUACCGAAAGAAAGCUCUCAAGACGAGGAAUCCGUCAAGGUCUGGUUUGCAUCAAUCGGAGUAGAGGAAGGCUUCCAAAUCAUCCGAGCAAAACACAACCUCGCAGAAACGGAUUUACUCUUCUAAAGAAUCGAGUUAGCCGGAAAACACCCGUUCUAGGGGCUGUUUUCGUAUCAACGAUUAGGGGUUGAAAUAGCAACUUGAGGAAGCUGUUUAACACCCAUUUUCAAGCAAGGGAUCAGUUCUCAAUCUUCCUUGGCCGAGGCUUUGGUCAUUGGAUCGAGAAGGAAGGUUUUAAAGCUCAUUUGAGGUUGAGGCUAGAGCUUGCUUCCUGUGCUCGUUGCUCGAGAGAUCAUAUAGGAGGGAAGACUUGGUUCGUGCUUCCUCCAUUCUGUUUUUAAACAUUAAUAAACAUGCUCAUGAAUAUUUUACUAUAGAGCCUGCGUGCUCAUGGUUGCCACGUGUGGCAUUUGUUUUCAAACUAUGUUUUCCGCUACGUAUUCAAUUGCUUAUUAUGUUGUUUAUGGAUGGCUUACGUGUGAAUGAUAUUCGGGACGCCUUGUAUAAUAUGAAUGUGUUGGACUGCGGUUGACCAUUCGUAUUGUACGGCGGGUUGUUGACGUGUCCGGGGAGGUCCGGGGCGUGACAAUUAAGUUGGUAUCAGAGCCUUAGUCCCUAAACUUCAUAAUGAAGUCUCAAAAUUCUCUUUUCAAAAUGAUUUUUGAAAACCAUGAGCAAAAACGUUUUGUACUUAAGAACUUUUGGUGUUUGAGUUGCAAGGUCUCUAAUUGUUAAGAUGGCGCCCUUAACGAUUGGUAUGGCGGUGACUUGGCCCAAGAGAUGUCUUAAGUGCCUAUCUGUCAGUUGACAUUUGAAACGAGUCUAAUGACUCAUUCUAAUUAUUUCUUUCAGUGAUGGAGGGUGAUGGUGGUAUUAUGAAUAGGGAGAACUCGGAAGGGUUUGCACCGGGUGGAACCGGGCAUGCCAACCGAGAAAAGCCCUUAGGACCAAAGGUGCACGAAACUCUUGAAGCUCAAAUCGUGAGUGGUGGUCAUGUUAAGACCAAGGAAGAAUCACCUUGUUAUGGCAAAACUAAACCACUCAAGGCUUCGGGUGACGAAGGAGAUGAUUUGAGUGAUGAGGACCUUGAUGGUGCACCCAUUGAACAAAUGGGCAUGGUCAUAGAUUGGCUUCAACGUGAACGUGUGAGGCUUAUACAAAAACGCCAAGCUAGGCAAGCUGAGGGCAUACCAUUAGUAAGGAAAAGGAAGCGGGGAGACAACGAUUCCCAAAGACAUUCAAGGAGGACAAACGUUGAGGGUGACAAAACCUUCAGGGCGCAGACACUAUCACUUGAGUGGAGUCGAGGCUUAGGUGGCCCGAACUCGAGGUCAAAAGGUCCGAGGGUACCUAAGUGCAACAAUUGCAAGAAACACCACUCGGGUAAGUGUCAGGACCCUCCCAGGUGCUAUCAAUGCACAGAGGUCGGGCACACGAGAGUGAGUUGCCCACAAAUUGUGCAAAACCAAACUUCGGGGUCAAGUGGUGGAACUACAAGAAAUGAAAACCAAACCGAGGUUUCUCAAGGGAGCAGGGGACAUGGGGGAGCAAGCACGAGCAACGCGCCAUCCGUGAACCAAGGAAGGACCCAAGCUAGGGUCUAUGCGAUGACGGAGGCGGAUGCUCAAGCUAACCUGGAUUCCGUUGAAGGUAGUACCUCUUGUAUACUUGUUUUUUAUCCUUAAUUAGUCCAUAAAUUGAGGUUGCUAGUCGUUGGGAUCAUUGUACAAAGCUUUGGGGUCAAACGGAGCGAAAUCGGGCGAAAGACGGCUGAUUUCCGCCAACGCACACCAGGCUGGACCAUACGCACGGCCGUGCGUUGUCCGUGCGUUGGUCCGUGCGUUGGUGGCAGUAGCAACCGGGAAGAAAUUGCUAUACGCACGGCCGUGCGUUGUCCGUGCGUUGGUCCGUGCGUUGGUGGCAGUAGCAACCGGGAAGAAAUUGCUAUACGCACGGACGUGCGUUGUCCGUGCGUUGGUCCGUGCGUUGGUGGCAGUAGCUCCGUUUUGAGGUUAUAAGACACGCACGCCGUGCGUACCUCCUAGGCACGCCGUGCGUACCUCCUGGGCAGCCCAAAGUCGACUUUUUCGCGCCGUAUUGCAACGUUAAGACCCGUUCUUGAUCCCAAACAUGUGUGUGAACAUUGUAACCUUCUAUAAAUGAGUAGGGAGAGUAGGAGAAAUGUCUUACAUGGUUCAUGAAUGUAGGGACACUAAAGAUUAAUGGGAAGGAUGCGCGAAUCCUUACCAAUACCGGGGCGCAACGUUCAUUUGUGAAUGAAGCGUUCGCCAAGAGAUUGGAAGUGCAAUCCGCACUGUUGAUGCAAACCUUAGUGGUAUCAACACCACUAGGGGAUGACGUGGAAAGAACUUGUUACUAUCCAUCUUGUGGGGUGGAAGUUAAGGGUCAAACCUUGACGUGUGACUUCGUACCGCUGAGCAUGAUUGAAUUCGAUGCAAUCCUAGGGAUGGAUUGGCUAGAAAGGAACCAUGCUAGGGUAGAUUGCUACACGAAGGUUCUUGAACUCGAAGGCAAUGAUGGGGAGACCCUACGCUUCGAGGGCGAUCGAGGGAGAUCAAAUAGCUGUAUCAUAUCCGCCGUGAGAGCGAGAAGUAUGAUGAGAAAGGGAUGCCACGCAUAUCUAGCAUACGUGGUUGACAAAACCAAAGAAGAAACGAACAUCGAUGAUGUGAGGGUGGUUUGUAAGUAUCCGGGUGUCUUCCCUAAACACCUACCGGGGCUUCCACCUGAUAGAGAGAUUGAAUUUGUGAUCGAGGUCGAGCCCGGCACCAAACCAAUCUCCAUACCGCCAUACCGUAUGGCACCCGCUGAACUUAACGAGUUGAAAACCCAAUUGCAAGAGCUUUUGGAUAAUGGUUUCAUUAGCCCAAGCCACUCCCCGUGGGGAGCACCAGUUCUUUUUGUGAAAAAGAAGGAUGGGACACUUCGAAUGUGUAUUGACUAUCGUCAACUGAACAAGGUCACAAUCAAGAAUAGGUAUCCUUUGCCUAGAAUUGAUGACUUGUUUGAUCAACUACGAGGAGCAACCGUGUUUUCGAAGAUUGACUUGAGGUCGGGGUACCAUCAAUUGAAGAUUAAGGAAGACGACAUACCAAAGAGUGCUUUCCGCACAAGGUAUGGGCAUUUUGAGUUCCUUGUUAUGUCGUUUGGGUUAACAAACGCCCCAGCGGCAUUCAUGGACUUGAUGAACCGAGUAUUCCAUAAAUACUUGGAUCGAUUCGUGAUUGUGUUCAUAGAUGACAUUUUGAUUUAUUCAAAGAGUGAGGAAGAGCAUGAAGAGCACUUGAUACUCGUUCUUGAGACACUACGGGAGAAGCAACUUUAUGCCAAAUUUUCUAAAUGUGAAUUUUGGCUAAAGGAAAUUGGCUUUCUCGGGCAUGUGGUUUCGGGAUCGGGAAUUGCUGUUGAUAAUAAGAAGAUAGAGGCCAUUACCGAAUGGGAGAGACCAAAGAAUGUCAAGGAAAUUCGUAGUUUCCUUGGAUUGGCAGGCUAUUACAGAAAGUUCGUGGAAAAGUUCUCUGUUUUGGCGUCGCCGUUGACGAAGCUCACUCGAAAGGGAGCUAAGUUUAUAUGGGAUGACAAAUGUGAGAAAGGAUUCAUCGAACUGAAGAAGAGAUUGACCGAGGCACCGGUACUUGCAUUACCCAAACAGGGUGUGGGGUACGAUGUCUAUAGUGACGCGAGCAUCCAAGGGUUUGGGUGUGUGUUGAUGCAGGAAGGGAGGGUAAUUGCCUAUGCUUCACGACAAUUGAAGAAGCAUGAGGUAAAUUAUCCUACCCAUGAUCUGGAGCUGGGAGCGGUAGUGUUUGCACUAAAGAUUUGGAGACAUUAUCUCUACGGAGAGACAUGUCACAUAUAUACUGACCAUAAGAGCUUGAAGUACGUGUUUACUCAGAAGGAGUUAAACAUGAGAUAGAGACGGUGGAUGGAGUUGAUAAAGGACUACCAUCUAGUUAUUGAAGUACCAUCCAGGUAAGGCAAACGUUGUAGCAGAUGCCCUCAGCCGGAAGAGUUCGUCUGGGGCAUUGUUGACUAGUUUGAGGGCACUGAGGGCCCAAUUGGAUGUAUCUAGCGACGGUGCCUUAUUGGCACGGUUCGAAGUGAGACCGACUUUACUUGAUGAGAUCAAGAAGGGUCAAGAGACGGACACAGAACUUAUGAAGGUCCGGGAACGCAUGCAAGCGGGACCGGUGGAGGAUUUCAGGGAAAGAGAUGAUGGUCUCUUGUUAUUUCGUGACCGAGUGUGUGUACCGUCAGAUGAUGAGCUCCGAAAGUCCAUCUUAGAGGAGGCUCAUUCAUCGGCUUAUGCCAUGCACCCGGGGGGCACGAAAAUGUACCGUGAUCUGAAAGAAAGUUACUGGUGGUCUGGAAUGAAGAGGGAAAUAGCCGAAUACAUUAGUCGAUGCCUUACUUGUCAACAAGUUAAGGCGGAACAUCAGCAUCCAGCAGGCUUAUUGCAGCCACUUUCCAUUCCUGAAUGGAAGUGGGAACACGUGACUAUGGAUUUCGUGGUAGGUUUACCACGGACAAUCAGGAACUAUGAUGCAGUUUAGGUCGUUGUGGAUAGGCUCACAAAGAGUGCACACUUCUUGCCUAUCAACACUACCUACCCACUUGAGAGGUUAGCCAAAUUGUAUACGGAUGAGAUCGUGAGGCUGCAUGGGGUCCCAGUGACCAUUGUAUCCGAUAGAGACCCACGAUUCACAUCACGUUUUUGGCCGAAAUUUCAGGAGUCUAUGGGAACAAGGUUGAAGUUCAGUACUGCUUUCCACCCACAGACGGAUGGACAGUCUGAAAGAGUCAUACAGAUCUUGGAAGAAAUGUUGAGGGCUUGUGCAUUGGAGUUCCAAGGAAGUUGGGACAACCACUUAGCACUUGUGGAGUUUGCUUAUAACAACAGUUAUCAGGCAAGCAUCGGCAUGCCUCCAUACGAGGCAUUGUAUGGGAGGAGGUGUCGUACACCGUUAUGCUGGGACGAGGUUGGCAUGGCCAAACUCGAGGGUACUGAGUUGGUUGAGGUCACCAAAUCAAAGGUGAAAUUGAUUCGAGAGAGACUCAAAGCGGCUCAGGAUAGGCAAAAGAGUUAUGCAGAUAAGCGUCGAAGAACCCUAGAGUUUAAGGUUGAUGACGAGGUAUUCUUGAAAGUUUCUCCUUGGAAAGGAAUCAUUCGAUUUCAAACCCGAGGGAAGCUUAACCCACGGUACAUAGGUCCAUUCAGAAUUAUAGAGAGGAUUGGGGCCGUUGCAUAUCGUCUACAGUUGACUCCUGAGUUAGAGAAGAUACAUAAUGUGUUUCACGUAUCCAUGCUUAAGAAGUAUGUGCAUGAUCCCUCUCACGUAUUGGAGAAGCCACCUGUAGAGGUACGUGAGGAUUUGAACUACUCUGUUCAACCUAUCAAGGUCACCGAUAGAAAGGUGAAGAAACUGAGGAGCAAAGAAGUCCCAAUGGUUAAAGUACUUUGGAAGAGCGAUCGGGUCGAAGAAGAGACAUGGGAGACAGAGGCUUUGAUGAGGAAGCAGUAUGCUUUCCUAUUCGAGUAGAGCUGUGAAUUUCGGGGACGAAAUUCCUGUUAAGGGGGGGGUGAACUUGUGACACCGCACCCGAAUGUCCUUGGAGAUUUGAUUUAAAUAUUCAAAUUUAUGUAUUGAAUUUCCGAUCUCCAAACAAUUGUAAAACGAUUAAUGUUCUACGUAGUGCAUGGUUGAAUAUCGUACUGUUCAAACUCGUACACUAGUGUCGGGUUUCGCAAAUACUUAUUCGGGACUUAUUAAUAAAUAAAAGAGCUCAACAUUACCUAAAUAGUGAUACAUAAUCCUUCAAGACAAUUUGAGGAAGGUCGGGUGGCCCAAACAUUAUUUUGGGCCAACCUGCUAAAAAUAGCAAGUGUUCGAGAAUGGCGUUCUAAACCCACUCGGGAGUGACCCACACGGCUAGUAGCCCAAUAAUACGUAUGACAAAUGUCAAAUAAGUGAUUGAAUGAUUAAGGAAGAAUACAAAUGCCUAUAACCCCACCUUGGGCCUUAUUGAGCUAAAUAAUGGGAGUAGGAUUUUCCUUCUAUAAUAUUCAUCAAGUAAAUUAUUGGGAUGAGCCUACAAAUAUUGGAGAUCAAUAAUGUGAUUUAGGAAGUUGACUUGUUCUAAGUAAAUUAGGAUGAGUACAAAAAGACAUUUUUGACAAAGAUAAAACAAUAGGACCCAUCUUCCCAUUUUUGGAAGUAUUGGUAGAUAUUUUGGACCCCAAAUUUAAUGGGAUCAAUUGGGAACCACUCCACAUGAUAUUAGUACCUGCAAAACAAAUAAAAAUGGGUUAGAAGACUUACCUUGGCCGGCCAUAAUGGAGGGGAGCUGCACAUGACUUGAUAGGAAUCAAAGCUUGGGCCACCAUCCUUAUUUUCGCACAAAUUGGUGUGCUGUUUGUCUCCUCUCAUUAUUGGAGCUAUACUCGACCAAACAACGUGAAUAAUAUGUCCUUGGAUAGACUUUGAAGUCUAGUAUCUCAAUUGAGUGGUCUUUUUUCGAGGAGAGAAGGCUUAUCUUACAAAAAUCGAGCUGGAGUGAGUGGUGGUCUGUGAACUCGAGCUGUGAGAGUGCUGAGACUGUUUGGUUGAUAUCUCGAGUUUUACCAAUCCAAUUAAGGAGUGUGAGAUACCGAAAGAAAGCUCUCAAGACGAGGAAUCCGUCAAGGUCUGGUUUGCAUCAAUCGGAGUAGAGGAAGGCUUCCAAAUCAUCCGAGCAAAACACAACCUCGCAGAAACGGAUUUACUCUUCUAAAGAAUCGAGUUAGCCGGAAAACACCCGUUCUAGGGGCUGUUUUCGUAUCAACGAUUAGGGGUUGAAAUAGCAACUUGAGGAAGCUGUUUAACACCCAUUUUCAAGCAAGGGAUCAGUUCUCAAUCUUCCUUGGCCGAGGCUUUGGUCAUUGGAUCGAGAAGGAAGGUUUUAAAGCUCAUUUGAGGUUGAGGCUAGAGCUUGCUUCCUGUGCUCGUUGCUCGAGAGAUCAUAUAGGAGGGAAGACUUGGUUCGUGCUUCCUCCAUUCUGUUUUUAAACAUUAAUAAACAUGCUCAUGAAUAUUUUACUAUAGAGCCUGCGUGCUCAUGGUUGCCACGUGUGGCAUUUGUUUUCAAACUAUGUUUUCCGCUACGUAUUCAAUUGCUUAUUAUGUUGUUUAUGGAUGGCUUACGUGUGAAUGAUAUUCGGGACGCCUUGUAUAAUAUGAAUGUGUUGGACUGCGGUUGACCAUUCGUAUUGUACGGCGGGUUGUUGACGUGUCCGGGGAGGUCCGGGGCGUGACGGUGCUGAUCCAGUAGCACCGCCCAGAGCCGUUUUUUGUCUUCUUCCAUCAACCUCCAUAAUGACCUCCAUCACUUAGACCAUGGCUAGAUUCCCUAACUCGCGGCAGUUCCAACUCACACAAUCCAUCCAAGUAGUCACCACACCCGACUGGCCAAAGCUAGCGGGUACAGAAACACCCUACACCUGAGGGGAACAAAAAUGUCGGAUGUAUCGGGAAUUGAAAGAAACCAGACUAAUGAUUAUCACUUGUGUAAUUCACCAACCUUGUCACGAUGACAAACCUUCAGCGGCGGCGGCGCAUCCGACAGAGGAUAGAAAAGCAACCACACACCUUAUACGGCGAACUUACAAGCUUCAGCUAAAUAUCUCUUACCAUCUUAAAAAUAGAUUUUUUUUUUAAAUUUGACCGACAUUUAUGUAAAGAACUUCUGUUUUUCAUGCUUAGGUUUCAAUGUCUAGGUUCAUUCAAUUUUAUGAUUUUGGUGAGAACUCCCUAUUUGACUC